UAGUACAGCGAAGGUAGGCGCUAGACUGUCACUGCGCCCAGCAAUAAUAGAGAAGGCGGACUGCUAGCUAUCUUUUCGCGUUAGGAUUUUGUCAGAUGCGAAAGAGAAAUAGCGUAUAAUGAGCAAGUUGUAGGGAGGUGGUGCUCAGUGUUCGCAGCGUCGUCAGAAGAGGGAUCUUGCUCUGGAAAGCUAGUUAGCCAUCUUGCUAGCAGCGAGCGCGUCUCGUCCGGUCUUGUGAAGCAGCGCCGCAGUGAAGUCGCCUUGGAGCGGUGGGAGAGACGCAGCCCGGCGGAGAGAACCAGCUACUCCAAGUCACUGAAGGGGAGGAAAUGAAGGACAAACAAAAGAGAAAGAAGGAGCGCACAUGGGCUGAGGCAGCUCGCAUGGUUUUGGAGAACUUCUCUGAUGCUCCAAUGACUCCAAAACAAAUCCUGCACGUCAUCCAGACCAAGGGGCUCAAGGAAAUGAGUGGCACAGCUCCUUUAGCCUGUCUGGUGACCAUGCUCCACUCCCAGGUGAGGGGUGACCGAGUCAAGAACAGCAUCUUCUUUAAGUUGCCUGGACGCAUGAGUCUCUUCACCCUCAAGAAAAAUGCUCUUCAGUGGACCAAGAGUCCAACUGAAUCUGAGACAUCAACAGACACUGCUGGUGCUGCCACUGCCCAUACAACCUGCGGAACAAGCAGCACAGCAGGCCAAGCCCUGGCCCAGCCCGGCCCCACAGAUACUACGGAGCAAGAGAGCUGCGGUUCCACUGAGACUAAUGCUGCUACUGCCAGCGGGGAAAAUGAUGCCUCUAUAGAUGAGAACUCGUCCAGUGCAUUCUGCUCUACAGAGCCCCAGGCUCCAAGCCAGCCCCAGACACGCCUCAGCAGGGCAGCAGUACAACCUGGACGCACUGACAUGCAGACCCAACACACACACAUUCAGCAUGCCCAGACCAGACUGAGCCGCUCCAGACAGUCAGGGAGGCAGAGGAAGAAGUCUGUGAUGAUGCCACGUGUUGUCCUCACUCCACUCAAGGUCAAUGGAGAGCAUGUCCCCUCAGGGCCUAUGAAGAGGAGCAGGGGAGGAGUUGAUGUUGACUUUGAAACACCUGGCUCCAUCCUGGUCAACACCAACAUCAGGGCCCUCAUUAAUGUGCGCACCUUCUCUGCCUUCCCCACCCACUCUCAGCAGCAACUCCUACAGCUCCUCCCUGAGGUCGAUCGCCAGGUUGGACCAGAUGGUAUGGCCCGUCUCAGUAGCUCCGCCCUCAACAAUGAGUUCUUCACCCAUGCCUCUCAGAGCUGGAAAGAGCGGCUAGCUGAGGGGGAGUUCACCCAUGAGAUGCAGGUGCGUUUCCGGCAGGAGAUGGAGAAAGAGAAGAAGGUGGAAGCAUGGAAGGAAAAGUUUUUUGAAGAAUAUCAUGGUCAAAAGUCUGGCCUUACGCAAGAGGAGUCCCUGAAGCUGACCAUGACUGAGGCUACAGAUGUAGCAGCAAGUGUACUGGAGAGCGACAUGGCAGUGGUGGCAGCUGGGACCCCCAAGAGGCGCAGCAGUGUGGGUCGCCGGAGAAGAGAUGGCAGGAUGAGAAGACGCACACGGGCUGAUUUGCGGCGCAGAGCACGCCGCACCCUCUGCAAGGCCCCUCCCCCAGUCCUGCAGGCACCGGAAGCCACAGAUGCCAGUACAUCACUGGAUCCCUCGCCAGUCUCAAUCACCUUCCCUAUGUCUGACAACUCGGUGGUUCAGGGAGAAGUGGUGCUCCAAGCAGAGUCUGUCCUGGAGCUUCCUGCCGUUUGUGGUUCCUUAGAGCCUGAACCCUCCCCUGCUCUAGAGUCUGCCACAGUACCAGCUCCCACCAUCACGCCCAGCCCAAGCCCAGCCUCCACCAGUGCUAAUGAGGAGGCUGAGGUUUCAACGUGCUUGCUACCAGAAGAGUCUGCGCCUGCACUGGCUUCCACUUCCUCCCCUUCCUCCUCUUCUUCCUCAUCCUCAUCCCCUGCUUUCUUCCCAUCUUCACCCCCAGACAGACAGGGAGACUUUGCCGUUGGCCUGGAUUCCUCCUCCUCCUCCUCCUCCUCCACCUCUUCCUCUAGUGCUGCUGCUGCUGUUGACCCGCUGGAUGACACGGCAUCUGUCGUUACCUCGGUUACAGGAGGCACGGCCACCAGCAGCCGUGAGAGCAGCCCUUCAGCAAGCCCAGCCCCCACUCCUGCACCUAUUCCCCAGUCCAAGGAGCAGAAAAGGAGACCAGACGAGGCCCAGGCCUUCUCGAGCUUCCCUGAAAAGAGACCACGGCUCGACGACCGUCAGUCCUUUCGUACCACAAUCGAUGGUGUCCUUUCAGAGAAGCCGCAGCCGACAGCAGAAGAGCCCAAGGUCCCGCCGAUCAGGAUUCAACUGUCUAGAAUCAAACCACCCUGGGUCAAAGGUCCCCCAACCUACCAGAUCUGUCCCCGCAUUGUGCCCUCCGGGGAGGGCUCGCGGCGGUCGGGCACGGGGGGCGCGCGCACCCUUGCGGACAUCAAGGCCCGUGCCCAGCAGGCCAGGGCCCAGCGCGAAGCCGCUGCUGCUAUUGCAGCCACUGGCGACGGGGCAGGGCCGGGCGGGGGUGGGCUGCGGGCUGCUGCUGGGCUAUCGGAUCGCAGCAGUGGACGACGAGCACGGGAACAUCCAGGACCUGUCGAGCCCGGAGGAGACGAUGGAGGACGAGGAGGUGGUGAGGUGGAGGAGCAGGGAUCGCCUGCGGACCCUCAUUCAUCUGGAGCACAACUACAGCUUCCCAAUGUAGGUGCCACAGAGCCUCCAACACCACAGCCAUCCCCCUCACCCUCAUUAUCCACUACCUCCACCUCCCUCUCCUCAGAGCCCCCACAGACCCCUACCCCAACCCCAUCUCAGGAUGACACAUCUGGGGAGAAGAUGACUACAGAGGAAGGAGCAGUAGUAGAUGCAACAGCAACAGUCCAAAGCACCUCCAAUGGGCUGUCACACAAGGUUGUUGCCUUGCCAGCUCUGGAGCAGGACACUAUGUCAGAGUCUGUGGCCUCUUGCUAUCGAGAGCAAUGCCAGGGGCCUCCUAGUAUGGCCUUAGAAAGGGAAGAGCAGCCUUCUGAAGGUCCAUUCCUUGCUCCAACCUCCAUCCCAGAUUCUGUUCCCAGGUUUGGGGCCCAGGGUAUAGAUGUUAUCCAAAGCCUGGCCACCACCUCUCAGGCCUUGGUGCGAGAACAAGGGAAGGGAAGUGGAGGAGGUGGUGUCAUUCAGUACAGUUCCCACCAUGUUGGCCCUCUGCCAACUCCCUCACCACCAGCUAGAGAGAGGCAGCAAGCAGACGUGGGCUCCCCUGAACAUGUCCCCUCUUCAGUAGAAGAGAAGGAAGAUGAAGCUGGGGGUCACAGUGACUCUACUGAGACAGCCUCCGACUGUGAGAAUGAGAGCCAGGAAGAUGAUCAGCAGCACUCCAACCAUGACUGGCGUCACCACCUGGCAACCCGGAGUAAUAGCCAGCAAAUCAUUCGCAGCCCCCCUCUUCAGAACCAGCAGCCAGUUAUCCAGGCUCAUGUGUCCAACCGCCAUGGACAUACAGUCAUCCAGCCGUGCUUUCCCAAUGGCCUUGCUCAUCCUCAGCCGGAUCAGCAGUCUAUCCCCACAGCCCAUUCCCAAGAGUACAGGGCACACAAUAAUGUUCCUACAAAAAAGGAACCUGGAGAUGAGCCUAAAGUAGCAAACCAGAGCUCUGGUGAAGAGGACUGUAGAGGGGCCCCCAAGUCGUCCAUCCCUCUCACUACCACUACUACAAGUACUGCAGCCUCCAAGAGGGUGGCUAGCUCAACCAGGCCUGUGUCCAGUGUGGAAGCCAACAACCCUCUGGUCACCCAGCUGCUACAGGGCAGUCUGCCGCUAGAGAAGGUCCUUCCCCAGUCCCACUCAGCUAACAGACUGGAGAUAAAUCGGCUGCCAGGAGUGUUCCAGUCUAAGGCUCUGGCUACUAGGAACCCUGGCCCCUGUGUCAGGGUCGCCCAUGAGACUAUAGCUGCAUCCUCUGGUCCAGAUAUCUCGUCUUCUCAGAACCGAGGCCAGCAGAAGUCUCCCGGAACUGGACGCAGUGUCUCCUGUCUGAUGGAGGCAACUGCCAUGCAGCAAUUCGUGUCCCCACAGCCUAGUGGUGCUGUGCCCCCAGGAGCUGUACCUGUCAUCACCUCCCUGCCACCAUCCUCUUCCUCCUCCUGCUCUCCUGUAUCCAGGCGUCUGUUAGACCACACUUCUCAAAAAACCAUGGCUGGAUCUGUUAUCAUCAAAGAAUCUCCUGGACUACAACCAUCACAGGGCGACACUCCAGACAGACCCCAGACAGCCAUUCGGACAACCCCUAAUGGCCCCUCACCACCGCAUGCAGACCCCUGCCCCUCAGAAAUGCUGCCUGCUAUGAAGAUCAAUUGGCGCCCACCACAAUCCCAGCCCCCCCACCAUCAGCAGAUCUCCACUGUAUCCAGUGUAAAAAGUGAAGUCAACACACGGCCCUCAUGCCAAGCUCUUGCCAAAUCCUCCCCCACCACUCCUAUGAGUGUUACCAAAAAGGAGCCUGGAAACUGUGUGGAUGGCUACCUCAGUGGAGGGGCGAUGGAGGGACUGCUUAACAUGGAGAUGACUUUAGCUAGAAUGGCCAAGAAAGAGCAUAGUAAAGUUCCAUACUCCUCUCUGUCUUCCUCUUCCCCCACACCCUGUUCUUCUGCAUCCUCCCUUCCUUUCCAUCUGUACGGGAAGCUGCCAAAACAGGGCGGAGGUAUGGGAGGAGUUAGCUAUACAGCUAACAUGUCAGUGAUGGAUGGCAGCGGCUUCUCGCGGAGUCUGGCUGAUGGUGUGCUCCAACUGCGGCCACGCCUUGGCACCACCCAGACCACCACCCUCAGCAUCCAGGCUUUUGCAGACAGUGCAGCUGAGGAGGUGGCGCUAAAGUGCUCGUGUCGCCUCAAAGCAAUGAUUAUGUGCCAGGGCUGCGGUGCCUUUUGCCACGAUGACUGCAUCGGCCCCUCCAAACUGUGCGUAUCCUGUCUUGUGGUCAGAUAGUGUCCAUGAAAUACUCGAGGCUGAUACAAGUCGCACCAUCUCCUACGUAGGUCAACGUGUACAGUAUUAAGCAGCAGACUUGUGGAGGACUUCAGUAGGGAUGUGGAGCUUUCAAGUAGACAUCACCUUCGAUUAACGCAGAGCAGACGGGAGCCCCCAGACUGGCAGUGUUGCCUUGUAUAAUGAGAUCGGUCUGUAUUUUUUUCGUUGCAUAUUUUCACAUUUUUUAAGCUGUUCUAAUGUUACGUGAUUAUUGUUGUCGUAUAAUUAUUAUUACUAUUAUUACUAUUGUGAAUUUGAGGCAUGGUUGAUUGUAAAUUGUGCCUUUUGUUUUCUCUCUCAUCAGAAACAUUUACCUCAUCUUAUUAGAUAUGGUGGCCAAUAUUGUUUUCGUUCCUGCUUUGCUUUUCAAAGAGGAACUUAUUCUUGUCUCUUUGCGCAAAAAAAUAUUUUUUUAACCAUUAAAACAAGUAAAUGGUCUCAUUUGCUGCUGUUUGUUUCGGCUCAUUUCCUUUUGUUCCCAAAGUCUGUACUUUGCAGUUA